CAGUGUCUCGCUACUAAUUAAACGUGGAAAGAAAAAACCAUGAAGCAAUUUGGACUGGGAGUGGUUUUCCUGCUGGCCGCCGUAGAGAGUGCAACGGCCAUCAGCUGCUACGUGUGCAAUACGACCGACUCGACGACACCGUUCCAGUGCAGCGAAUGGUUCGAACGGUUCGAUACGCCCGACCUGAAGCCGGUCGACUGCUCCAACGUGUACGGGGCCAAGUUCUGCAUCAAGCAUAUUGGCCGCUUCGAAGCGUGCGGCAUCCUUUGCUACCAGUGCUCGUCCGCCCACUCCAUGUACUGUUCGGACAUGCUGGUCGCGGACGAGGCGUCCCCCUUCAAGCCGGAACCGUGCGAUCACGUGUUCGAGGCCGAGUACUGCAUCAAAUCGACGGCAAUGCAUGAUGGCAUUGGUGCUAAGCGUUACUGCUCGUCGCGCGAUCUCGGCAACUACUGCAACUAUGUGCGCAAUCCGGGCGACCAGAUCGAGUACCGAUCGUGCAUCUACACCUGCGACACGGACGGGUGUAACAGUGCUCCACGCUCGGCGCAGUUCGUUUCCGGCACAGUGCUUGCCACAGUGGUGGGGCUGCUUCCCUUCAUCCAGCUUCUUGCAGCUUCUCUUCUCCGGAAGGUGACGCUUUAGGCGUGCAUUUGCGGGUAUUGCGUACUCUAGCGUAUCAUCCAUCGUUUUACCGAACAACUAGAUGAGACUUUCGUGAGAUUCUUUUGCCCGAGAGCAUUUCCGUUUUCCGUCCAUUCUUUUCCAUCCAACAUUCCAACAUUGCGCACCAAGACCCGGUGCAGUGUACACCACAAUAUGUUCAAAUGUACUAGAAUAAUGAAUAGUGUUUAGUGAGUGGAUUUUUAAGUAAUAAUAAAAAAAAAACGUGACAAAUAAUCCUCCAAUAGGAAAA